UCCGGUCUACCAACACAACAACUCUCCCUCAAGAUGUUUAAGCAGGUGGGCGCGAUCUUGUUGACAGUGGGUGUGAUUGUGGCCCUUCCCACUGAUCCCUACAGUCAACAAACUUACAAGUCGAACCCCAUCCCGUACAAAUUCGGCUACGGUGUUAAGGACGAGUACGCUGGUACCAACUUCGGCCACAAUGAAGACUCUGACGGCCAUACAGCAAAGGGUUCAUAUAAUGUUGUACUCCCUGAUGGCCGCAUACAAACAGUGAGCUACGUGGCUGACCAUCAAAAUGGGUAUCAGGCUCAGGUAAGCUAUCAGGGAGAGGCCCAGUACCCACACGAGUCCGGUCCUGCAGUCACCUUCAAGCCCCAGUACCAGAACUCAUACCAACCUCAGCCCUCAUACCAGCCUCAGCCAUCAUACCAAUAAAUAACUUAGAACGAAUGUUCAUCCAUAUAUUGCCCCUAGUCACUUGUGUAAUGUUCAAUAAAAGUAGUUUGAUAAACCUUAACGUUUCCAUGGUGUUUCCUCAAAAUACUAUCGGAGAUCAUCGUCCAGAUCCUAGAUGUUACAACAGUUCUAAUGGUGGACAACCUGUCAGUUCGUUCUGUUUAUGUUUGCAGUCCAACGUAGAUACCAGAGUCCGUCUGAUAGGGAGAAAUUCGCAAGAAAUUAUAAGGUAUUCGAUAACUUAAGUGCUUUACUGAACUUAUACUAAAAGUUAGUGUUAUCUGUACAUUCUCCAGAUCCGAAAUUUCGCCUGCCUUAGAAGGGGGAGAAAGAGCGACUUAAAAAUAUCACUGGCUUGGCAUCUCUUUAAAUGCAUAUUUGAUAGUAACACUAUUGUGAUCCUUGAAUGUCUUCUGACAUUAUCACCCCAAAAUCCCUCACAUUAAUGUUCGCUCUAAUGAAUGACUAUUGUACACUCUGUUGCAAGAUUUAUUUGCUUAAUUUUUCCGUAGUGGAGUAACUGAAAUUUGUCUUUACCGAACAUCAUAUAGCUGAGUGUGGCCACUCGAAGAUCUGGCUUAUAGCAGCUUCGAAGCUUGCUGUAUCCUCAAUGGAUGCCAAUCUCAUAACAAUUCUAGUAUAGUCUGCAAAUGAUGACUUAUGUCUCUAUGUCGGACAUAAGAAUGAGAAAGAAUUGUAGAGAGUAUUGUGCCUUGUUGAACAGUACUUUUCAUUGUGAUAGCCUCUAAUUUGAUUUUGUUCAUUAUUAAUUUGAGAGUUCUAUUACUAAAAAAGUUUAAUAUUCAUCUACCCACUUUCCCAGUUAUUCCUUUUGUACGCAUUUUGUGUACUAUUACACCAUGGUCGCAGUUGUCGAAGGCUUUUGUAAAGUCUGUGUACAUGACAUCGGCAUUUUUUCUUCCAAUGCAUCCAAGACAAUGUCAAAACAGUCCUGCAGUUGCGAGCUGCUCUAAACCCACACUGCCGGCGUUGUACGACUGUUGUAAAACAAUGUUGUUUAGCGAUCUUGUUUCUUGAAACCCUUUCAAAAACUCUGAUAAUAUGGGACGUUAGUGCCAUCGAUCUAUAGAUUUUUGUGGCUGCUUUGCUGCCAACUUUGUGAAGCGAGGCUAUAUCCGUGAUUUUACUGACGGAAGACUCCCGUGUCCAGACGUCACCACCACAUAUUACUUAAGGGACGUGAUAGGGAGUAUCCUGUAAUUCUUGAUGAAUAUGACGGCAUUACAUAUCCAGUUCGUACAAAAGACACUGUCUACUUUCGUAGCACAUCAUAUAAGUUAAAACACUGAGAUAAGAGAUAAGUUUUCAAGCCACCAAUGCGCUAAAGGAAAAUGUUACAAUGUUUAAAAAGUGAUUUAGGAAUUAAAUAUAUAGCUAUAAUAAACUUCAAAUAUUUGUACGUAAUUAUCAUUAUCAGGUCUGAUCUGAGGGGAAGGGUAGCCCCAAUUCCUUGGAUGAAGAGUCCUUCAAUACCAUCAUAAAACAACUUUGAAGGGUGUACAUAGUGAAAUAUUAAGAUGAGUUAUACAUAAAUAGCAUAAGGUCGUAGAAAAUAUAAAAAUACAAUUGUCUAAAAAAUAAAUACUAGCUACAAAAAAUCAUGGUACAAGCGGUUAAAGUGUUCAGUAAAUAGACAGUUUAUGUUAUGAAUUUAACUCUUUAUCCUACGAUAACAUUUGAUUCAGUGAUGAAUAAAACGAAUGAUGUGCUGAAGCCUGGGAUAUAAACUCUUAAAUACGUCAAUCACUCCUCUUAUAAAAAAAUAAGAUAAAAGAUUUCGCCAACACUGAAAACAGUCACGGUGUUUGGUAUGUGUAGCGCUCCCAUCUUAGUUA